AUUCGAUUAGACUAUAUACAUCGGUGAAUGGUUUGUGUGGUUGCCAUGCAAAGUUAAAGGGUUAAAAAAAGAUCGGAACAGUUGCUCAACUCUUAAAUCAUACACUCAUGGGUAAUGAAUGCUUGGGGUCAAAACGACGACAGGGAACACAUCCGAUCCGAAAGUGACGCACUCAAUUCCACCACCAGCGGCACAGGGAAAGGCAGGAUCGACGCUCAAGAUCAUCAUCCAUUAAAUGCAGCAGCAGCAUCUUCUUCGCAGUCGUUCAAUCAAAGUCAAAGUGAAUACUUUGAUGCUCUAAAUCAAGACGAAGAGUACAUUGACAAAGAUACAGACAAGAUGAGCAGACAUAUCGGAACGGCAGAAGAGCGAGAGCCAAUGACUCGAAGAAUAUCCGAUGUAUUCGAUAAAUCAUAUACGUCUACAUCAGCACAAUCGAAGCGUGAUUCGACUGCAUCUCAACAAGCAACUUCUCGAAGUUGGGCGGAUGAGAAUGAUGUGUAUACCAAAACAGGAACGGACAGACUUAAACGUGGGAUUGGAACGAGAGGUGACAUUCAAUCCAGUCCAACGGGUAAGGCACCGCCAUUCUUUGCUCGUAAUCCAAGGAUGAUGCGUUUGGCAUCACAAGUAUCUAUAGGAACAGGAACGGAAGGAAGACCAGGAUCAAUCUAUGACGGCGGAGAAGGUGGAGAAGGUAACGUUCAUUCUUGGCGUGCGACAGCUGUUGGAUCUACACCUCUAGAUCGGACGAUUGAUGCAAUCGGAAUGGGAAGGUAUCAAUAUGCCGUCUUGAUCUUAUCUGGAUUCGGUUGGGCGGCUGAUAAUAUGUGGUUGCAAGGUGUGGCCAUUUGUUUACCACGUAUUCAAGAUGAAUGGGAAAUACGUGAUCAAUGGAUCGGAUUGGUAUCUAGCAGUACAUUUGCCGGAAUGAUGAUCGGUGCUUUGGCUUGGGGUUCUUAUUCGGAUAUGUUUGGACGAAAGAAUGCCUUCAAUAUGACUUUGCUCAUCACUGCAAUCUUUGGACUUUUGUCUUCUUUUGCACCAAAUUUUCCGACUUUGUGCUUGUGUCUCUUUUUGCUUGGCACAGGUGUGGGAGGAAGUAUGCCAACGGACGGGACAAUUUUUCUAGAAGCCGUUCCGAAGAGAAAUCAAUACCUCUUGACAGCACUCUCAGUAUUUUUCGCAGCUGGCAGUGUUGUGACUUCCUUGUUUGCAUUUUUCAUCGUGCCUACAAAUAGUUGCGGAGGUGCUUUACCUUGUCCAACAAAUGACAAUAAAGGAUGGCGAUAUCUUUUGGCAAGCUUGGGUGCUUUAACUGUUGUCUUCGUUAUGGCACGAUUGGUGUUCUUUACCCUGUUUGAAUCACCCAAAUACCUCGUUUCUGCUGGAAAACAUGAAGAAGCACGUUCGGUUCUGCAAAGGAUUGCCGCCUUUAACGGAGAUCCAAAGAGAGUAAGAUUGAGCGAUGUAAGUGAUCGAAACGAACCGCAACGUACGUCAUCCCGUCCCGGUCGAACGCGCAGUACAUUCAUACCCGACUCUGAAAACGGUCGUGGCAACAAUACAUUGCAACAAGCACGCAACUCUUUGGAAUGGUCUAACGGACAGGACCAGGAGAGAGAAGGUUUGAUGGCAAAUGCAGAAGAAGAUGAAGAUGCGGAAACACAACAGAGAAGGCACAGCUUUGGCGGUCAUGAACAUUCACAUGAUAGCGAAUGGCAGGCAAACAGACAAUCCCAUACGAAAUGGUCAAAAACAAUGCAACUUUUACCAGAAUCUUGGCGUCCAUCUGUGGCAGAAAGUGCAUCGCGUUAUACAGAUUUAUUUUCACCUUAUUGGCGAAAGACGACCAUCCUAGUGUGGUCAAUCUGGACAAUUUUUACUCUGGCAUAUACGAUGGUCAAUGUGUUCUUGCCGAAAUACCUUGAGAGUCGCACAGGAGGAAAAGAGGAGAUCGUGGAUGUUACCGAUCCCAUCAGUCGACAAAGAGCGAUGCAAGCCGUGAUGAAGGAGUUCCUGUUGUAUUCCCUUGCGUCUCUACCGGGUUCACUACUAGGAGCUUACCUGAUCGAAACGCCAUUAGGAAGGAUUAAGUCUAUGGCACUGUCUACUUUCUUCCUUGCGCUUUCUCUUUUGGCAUUCGCGAUGGCAAGGAUGACGUUCUUUGUGAUUCUUUCUUCUUGCAGUAUAAGCUUAUUCGCUUCUAUUUCUUAUGCUGUCAUCUAUAGCUAUUCGCCAGAAGUGUUCAAGACAAGUUUACGGGGUACCGCAAGUGGAACAGCAAGUGCUUUGAGUAGAUUAGCAGGUAUUUUAGCUCCUGUUGUGGCAGGAUUGUUACUUCAAAUUAACGUCAAUUUACCGCUUUAUUUAGGGUUUGGUCUUCUUGCCGUUACGGUUUGGCUUCAAAUCUCAUUGCCAUACGAAACCCGUGGUCGUGAUAGUGAAGAAGAAUUAAUCGUGGAUUAGCAAUUUAUAGCAUAUUGUAUUUUUAUAAUGAUUCACGCUUGUGGAGUG